UUGAAAUAAAUAGUGAAUUAGAAGCAAUUAAAAUUGACCGCGAUAAGUGGCAAAAGAAGCAUGAGGAACAUAUUUGUCCGCCAGUUGAUAACCGUGAAUUAACUAGAUUACGCCAGGAAAAUCAAAAAAAAGAGCAAAAAAUAGGAGAAUUGGAGCAA